AUGAAAUUUCAAACUGGAUUUUUGAAACAUGUAUUAAAGAGAUGUUUUCAUAACAAAUGUCUUUCAGUGUAUCCUAAAAAUGCAAUUCCCUUUAGAAAAUAUGCAUCAGUUUCUGAUUUUCUUUUAAAAACAGAAACUACAACUCUUCAGAAUGGAUUUACAGUUGCAUCUGAAAGCUUUCCACAUUCACAAACUGCAACAGUUGGCGUAUGGAUUGAUUCUGGUUCUAGAUCGGAAUCUGCAGAAAGUAAUGGUGUUGCACACUUUCUUGAACAUUUAGCCUUUAAAGGUACCAAAUCUCGUACACAACAAGAACUUGAAUUAGAAAUUGAGAAUAUGGGAGCACAUUUAAAUGCGUAUACUAGCAGGGAACAGACGGUAUACUAUGCUAAAUCUUUUCGAGAUGAUGUUCCUAAAGUGGUUGAUAUUCUUGCUGAUAUUUUGCAAAAUUCAAAAUUUGAAGCAUCUGCUAUUGAUAGAGAACGUGAUGUGAUACUUAGAGAGCAAGAGGAAGUUGACAAGCAAAUAGAAGAAGUUGUUUUUGAUCAUUUGCAUGCAACUGCUUAUCAAGGACAUCCAUUAGGAUGUACUAUUCUUGGACCAAAAGAAAACAUUCUUUCAAUGAAACAUGAACAUCUUAUCUCAUAUAUAAAUGAAAAUUAUACAGCUGAUCGUAUGGUUCUAGUUGGAGCAGGUGGAGUUUCACAUGAACAACUUGUAGAACUAGCAGAAAAGUAUUUUUCUAAUCUUCCGACUUCUCCGAAUCCUGUUAAUAUUGGUUCAUCUCGAGGUGCUGCUCCUAAAUUUGUAGGGUCAGAGGUGCGAAUUCGAGAUGAUACUUCACCAACAGCAAAUAUUGCUAUUGCUGUUGAAGGAGUCUCAUGGAAGCACCCUGAUUAUUGGAUAAUGUUAGUAAUGCAAGCGAUUGUGGGUAAUUGGGAUCGCACAUUAGGAUCGGCUUCCCAUCUUAGUAGUAAAUUAAGUGGUGUUGUUUCAAAAUAUAGUCUUGCAAAUAGUUUUAUGUCUUUUUCAACAAGUUAUUCAGAUACAGGACUUUGGGGCAUUUAUCUUGUUUCUGAGAAUCUAACAUCUUUGGAUGAUUUAAACUAUUUAUUAUUAUACGAAUGGAGCCGUUUAAGUCUUUCUGUUACAAAACCAGAAGUCGAAAGAGCAAAAGCACAGCUAAAAGCAAGUUUGCUUCUGGGAUUAGAUGGGACUACAGCUGUUGCAGAGGAUAUUGGACGGCAGAUUGUUACAUGUGGCAGGCGCAUGACACCAUAUGAAGUAGAUAAACAUAUUUCAAAAAUUACAGAAAAAGAUGUUCAAAGAGUAGCACAAAGCAAACUUUGGGAUGCAGAUAUCGCUAUUAGUGCAGUCGGAUCUAUCGAAGGGUUGCUUGAUUAUAAUCGCAUUUGCGCAAACAUGUUUGUGAAUCCUUAUAUAACAAUAUCCUAUUAA